AUGGCCAUUCCAAACGCUGCUCUGCAAAAGUUGCUCGAAGAAGUCGAGACGCAGGCAGUGAUUUCCCAGCAGAAAAUCACUCAAACCCAGGCCGAACUCAACGCUAAACGACGCGAUGCACGAUUGAACCACCUGACAUCCAAUGAGCUCAAAUCUCUGUCCAAAGACACAAACGUGUACGAGGGAGUGGGGAAAAUGUUUGUCGCCGUGCCCGUUUCAACUUUGAACAAGCGAUUAGAAUCCGAGUCCAAUACCUUGAACAAAGAAAUCGCGGAGUGGGAAAAGAAAUUGCACUAUCAAGAAACUACCUUCAAGAACAGCCGACAACAUAUUGAGAAGAUCCUGCAGACCGGUUCUCGUCCUUAG